GGAGAGUAAAACGCCACCCAAAAGGAACAGCUCUUUAAGCCGCCGUUUCGACCGCCGAGUCGUUCUAAGUAGCGUCGGUUAUAGCCCAUUGACGACGCGUCACGGGUAAGGCGAGUGUGACUUGCAUGCGUAAUGAAGAUCCUAGUAAAGCGAGAGCGAGCUAUGGUGGGACGUACGUCUGGUUCGCAUAUAGGGCAACCUCAUUAUAUCAAUCAUCUACAAUGUACCCUUCUCUUGGCGUUGUAAUCAUAAGUCCUCGAUCUGCUCGCUCUUUGUUACAGAUCAUUCUCUAGAUCAGGAUUUUAUUUACAAAAUGCCAUCUUGGAUAGUUGGCUCUGCGUGGUCCUCGGCACUUCUGCUGCCAGUGGCCAGAGCAGCGCUCUAUGAUUCAAUUCUCCAGACUCCCAAUGGCCCAAUUCAGGGCUACCAGGCCUUUAACGCCAGUCCGGCAAAUAUGAACCUUACCAACUGGCGUGAUGUUACUGUUUGGAAGGGCGUCCCGUUUGCAGCCGACACUUCUGGCGAGAAUCGUUUCAGACCUCCCCAGAAUGUUACCGCUUGGACUGAGACUCUCGAUGCUAAGGACUAUGGUCUUUCUUGCCCAUCGUCUGGUACCACAUAUGCGACUAUUGGUGAGGACUGCUUGAACGUCAACAUCUGGAGCGCAGCAAAUUCUACCGACGACAAACUCCCUGUUGUCAUGUGGAGUUACCCUGCUGGAGGAUCUAAUGCUGAUCCUCGCUUUGACGGUGGUGGCAUGGCUGACAAGGGAGUUGUCUUUGUCAACUACAACUACCGUACUGGCCCAACUGGCUGGCUUGUCACUCCCGAGCUGACUCAGGAGAACUUGGCCACCGUCGGUGUGAACAGUUCUGGAAACUAUGGUAUGCUGGACCAAUUUGCAGCCGUGCAAUGGAUCCGUGACAACAUUGCCUCUUUCGGUGGUGAUCCUGAUCAUAUCACGGUCAUGGGUCAGUCUGCUGGUUCUGCCGCUACAUACCACAUUCUUAACAGUCCUCUAACCAAGGGAAAGAUCGUCGGAGCUAUCAUUCAGAGCGGUGUUCGCGAUCCUCAUGAUCCGUCUGCCGUAAGCUUGGCCGAAGGCUACCAAACCUACAGCGUUUCGGAGGAGUUCAGUUUGGAAUUCUUGGCCUCUGUGAAUUGCACUGAUAUCGCCUGUAUGAGGUCUUUGCCCAUGGAGACUCUCGACGUUUCGUCAACCCCUGGAACAACCAGUGCGUCUUGGAAGGCCACUCUCGAUUACUAUUGCAUGCCCGAUACCUAUUUAAACACGCUGGAGCUAGGUUUAGCUCACGAUGUCCCAGUUAUGACUGGUAACACCAAGGACGAGAGCGGUGCUUCGUAUGGUCUGAACAUUACUCUUGCUGAAUACCUGGCCGAUCUCAACUCAACUUACGCAGACGAGUUCCCCGCCAAAUUCUUGGCUGCUUACCCAGCUAAUGACUCGGCCACCGCCUCGGCCGCUGAGAAUGCCCAGUACACCGACAGAUCCAUCAUCGGCACCCAAAAUUGGGCGGCUUACUUUUUGAGCAACAGGACCAGCCCAGUCUUUACCUACCUUUGGGACCACGCCCCGCCAGGACAAAAUGCAGGUGCCGCCCACAUGACUGAAAUCCAAUACACGCAGAAUAACCUAUACAACGUGUACUAUGGUGAAUGGGAGGCGGAGGACUACCAGAUUGCGACCAAGAUGAACGACUACUGGGUUAAUUUCAUCAAGUCCGGCGACCCCAACGGCGCUGGCCUGGUUCAAUGGGACAGCGUGAACGCCUCUACGACAGUAACACAGGAACUUGGUGAUGGUUGGGGUCCUCUAAUCAUUGCGCAUGAUGACCAGGUUGCCCUGAUGGAAGAAUGGCUUCUCACGUUACCGGCCAUCUAAACCGGUAUUUUAGUUUCCAGCCUGAGUUGCCUCGAUCAAAGCUGGAGUGAACAUUGUGCUCCUUGUUCUAUAUUCCCACUACAUAUUGUACAUACAUUUACAUUGGAGUCUGAAUGUGUCAUAUAGUUCUUUAUCUGUCUAACCUGCGUUAUCCCAC